UGUUAUUAUAUGGCUGUAUAAAUAUAAUCUCUGGUAUGAACGUGACUGAUAAAAAAAGAGACAAAACACCAACCUUACAAAAUGAAAUGUCAAAAAUGACCGGGAGGAAGUAAUGUCAUGUGUUGGUGAUAAAAUAAAAUAAAUAUUUAUUUUUACAACGUAGUAUUUUCUACGCAAGUAUCGUUCUAAAUUUUUAUGUACAAAAUGGAAACCAAAGUAGCAGUAGUGACUGGAAGCAAUAAAGGUAUUGGAUUUGAAAUCGUGAAAGGAUUAUGUCAGAAGUUUGAAGGUGUUGUGUACCUCACAGCUAGAAACGAAGAAAGAGGACGACAAGCAGUAAAGAAACUCGAAGACUUAGGUCUUCGGCCUUUGUUUCAUACAUUAGACGUUACAUGUGAACAGAGUAUCCAGGAAUUUGCAACAUACAUUGCAAGCAGAUAUUGUGGAAUAGAUGUAUUGGUGAACAAUGCCGGUAUUUUGGACUUUGAUAAGUCGGUUUCUUCCUAUGAAGAUGCUAAAAAACUUAUUGAUACAAAUUUUUUGAGUUUGAUAUCUAUUUCCAAAAUAUUGUAUCCAUUACUGAAAAACAAUGCUCGCAUAAUCAACAUUAGCAGUGACUGGGGUUUAUUGUCUAACAUAAGGAAGCAGAUUUGGCUUGAUACAUUAGUAAAAGACAAUCUAACUGUUGAUGAAAUUUUACAGUUUGUUAAUGAUUUUCUACAGGCAGUUAAAAAUGGCAAAACUACUAUGGUAUCAUUUGCUGGACACUAUGGAGAUUAUAAGGUAUCAAAGGUGGCAAUGUCAGCAUUGACAUUUGUACAACAGCGGCAAUUUAGUGAACAAGGCACAGAUAUUUCUAUAAAUUGUGUUCAUCCAGGUUUUGUGAAGUCUGAUAUGACAAAAGGCAUGGGUGAUUUUACUCCUGAACGUGGAGCCAGAGCACCUCUGUAUUUGGCAUUAGAAGCUCCGCAGUCUCAAAAGGGCACCUUUGUAUGGCAUGACUGUCACCAAGUUAACUGGGAUGAUUAAGGAUGUUAUUGUUUUAUCAUUGUUAGCAUUAAUUCUGUGAUAAAAAUAUCACCUACAUAAAAUGAACUAUAAUAUAUAUUUUCUUUUAGUUAAUACAA